GGCACACACACACCUUCCACCCAGCACAGGCACACACACCUUACACCCCGCAUAGGCACACACACCUUACACCCCGCAUAGGCACACACACAAAUUCAACAACAAAUAGACUACUACAUCAUAUUGAAACUCUUAAUGAGCAGAUACACACUAAAGCAAUAAAUGGACACACCAUUCAUGACAUCUAAGGUCAUGGGACAUCUCAGCAGACCCCUUUGAGACCACAUUAAGGACUCACUCACACAUCCACACACACGCCGAGGACCGACUCGCUGUUCCUACAUCCAAACUGCAUUUGGCACGAGGAAGAUGCACUAACUGAGAUCACAUCCCUAAAUUCUUGGCAAUGGACUUGCUCCACAGCUCCGGUUUGAGCAGCACACACUACCUGCAGACCCACUUUAGCCACAGCCAGGGUUACUUCCUCUCAGUCUCCAAGGCAACGGACCUACGCACCACCUUCCUCCUGUUGUUCCCCGUAUGGUUUCAUGUACGGCAAGCUGUCGCCAUCAGACUGGUGUGGGUGGCGGUGGUGGGAGACUGGCUCAACCUGAUGAUGAAAUGGCUUCUGUUUGGAGAGCGUCCCUAUUGGUGGGUUCAGGAGACAGGCUACUAUGGCAACUCCUCCCAGCCAAUGAUAGAGCAGUUCCCCAUGACCUGUGAGACCGGGCCAGGAAGUCCCUCAGGUCAUGCAAUGGGGGCUGCAGCGGUCUACUACACCAUGAUGUCAUCACUCCUCGCCACAGAGCUAAAGAAAGAAGGACAUCAAAUCAGGAAAUGGUGUGUGCGUGUCUCACUGUGGACCCUCUUCUGGUGUGUACAGCUGUGCGUGUGCCUCUCCAGGGUCUUUAUCGCUGCUCACUUCCCACAUCAGGUCAUCGCAGGUGUUUUCACAGGCAUCCUGGUGGCAGAAUCUUUCAGCCGGACCCAGCAGAUCUACAAGGCCGACCUGUGCUCUUACGUCCUCACCUCCCUGCUGCUCCUCUCCCUGGCUCUCCUCCUGUUCCUGUGCCUCCAGGUGGUAGGCGUCGACCUCCUGUGGAGCGUGGAGAAAGCGCGGUGCUGGUGCCACCGAGCGGAGUGGGUCAGCGUGGACACCAGCCCCUUGGCCAGCUUGUUCAGAAACACCGGGACUCUGUUGGGCCUGGGCCUGGGGCUCCACUCGCCUCUGCAUGCAGUGGUGGGCAGGGGGUCCGAGGGCACCAUCUACCGCUCCAUCUGUUUGAGCGCGACGCUGGUGCUGCUGCAGUUGUUUGACUCUGCUUUCAGCCCCCCCGUCCACAGCGGAGCUCUAUUCUACGUGCUGUCCUUCUGUAAAAGUGCCAUGGUGCCCCUGGCUACUGUGUCCGUCGUUCCCUACUGCGUCACCUCAGCCCUGGGACCCAAAGGGAAGACACUGCGUUGAGUCAGGUGACCCUAUAU